UACAGGCAGGAAGUCUUCCUGAAAACGGAUGAUGUGAACAGACGAGUUGAUCUCAUUGGACACCCGAGCGCUAAACCCGGCAGGAAUUUGUGUUUUAAGACUUAUUAAUCGAUUUAAGAACAGCCAGCAUGGCACUUUUGGAAGUGAGCGGAUCUUCGUCUCAAUUCGGUCCCUUCUCGCCGUUCGCCUCAAAACGGGUGGGGUUUCUCGAUCGACCGAAUCACUACAGCUUUGGGACAAAAUCUCAGGAAUUUGCUGUACCAGUUGGUGUUGAUCCUUCAUCCUUUCUGAAAUCGUGCAGUUGUGAUGAUGGGAUAUCGAUAGAUAUGACCCACGGCACUACGACACUGGCUUUUAAGUUCCGCCACGGUGUCAUUGUAGCUGUCGACUCCAGGGCCUCGGCUGGACGCUAUAUUGCAACAUUGGAGGCGAAUAAGGUGAUCGAGAUCAACCCUUACCUGCUGGGCACCAUGUCUGGUAGUGCAGCAGACUGUCAGUACUGGGAGAGACUUCUGGCUAAGGAGUGCAGGCUUUAUCAGCUCCGUAACAAGCAGAGGAUCUCAGUGUCUGCAGCUUCCAAGCUGCUGUCUAACAUGAUGCUUGGUUAUAGAGGCAUGGGCCUGUCCAUGGGUAGCAUGAUCUGUGGCUGGGACAAGAAGGGUCCUGGUCUGUAUUAUGUAGAUGACAAUGGAACACGUCUUUCAGGGAAAAUGUUUUCCACAGGCUGUGGGAACAGCUAUGCAUACGGGGUGAUAGACAGUGGCUUCCGUGAGGAUAUGACAGUGGAAGAGGCGUAUGAGCUCGGCCGGCGUGGCAUUGCUCACGCCACACACAGAGACGCCUACUCUGGUGGAGUCGUGAACCUCUAUCACAUGAAGGAGGACGGUUGGAUUAAGGUGUGCAAGGAGGAUGUAUCCGAUCUAAUCCAUCAGUACAAGAAAGGAAUGUUCUGAAUACACAGAUUAUUUUCUACUCACACACUAACGCUGUAUCUAACACAAUUCACGUAUGAAAAUAAAGAUGGAUUUCAAACGAAACAAUAA